AUGGCCGAUCGACGUCUUAGUAGAGCUGUGUGGUCCACUAAGGAUAAUGCUAAGCCAUAUACUCGACCAUCUGAUAACAGAGGGCAGACUAAUCUCCUCACAGUGCCAGGAUUGGCACCUACAAUUAUAGAAGAGCCAGAUACGGAGCAACAUAAUGGAGGAUAUCCCACUUCGACUCAAAAUAAAAUCAAAAGAAUUACAUCUCGUCCGCAAAGAAUUGACAACAACAAUUAUGGAAGACGAUUUUCGGUGUAUACAUCCGCAAAGCCCACAGGAAUACCGCUGGGGAAGGUUCCGGCGUUGCCGGGUAAUGCUAAGCAGAUGAUUAAGAACAGUGCCAGGCCUGAGGCAGGGGAAAAGGCAAGUCUCUUCGAUCUAUUGUCUUCUCCCGAUUAUAACGCUGCUCAAUAUUUGAAUGAUCACUUAAAGAAUGCGGACGCUUCUAAGAUUGAUGAUUUUACAUCGCAACUUGCAAGUCUUACCAUUAAGAGCAAGAAUGAUGCAAAGAGUACGAUAUCGGAAUCUUUGGAAAGCGUUUUAAAUGUGAGUGACUCAGUUGCUGAUACUUACAAGGUGUUGGACAAUCUUAAGCAGACCAUCAACGCUCUCAACGACGUGUUGUAUCAACAACUUGAUGAUGCUCAGGAGGCUGUGAAGGCAGAGACAGACGCCAGAGCUUCGGGGUCAGAAAACACGCCGCUAAGUACUAAAGGCCGGAAGAAUGCAGAUAAAAGGAGAAGUGUUUUAAUAUUGGAGAAGAGAUGGGCAUCAGACAUGGGCCAGUUGUUCAAAGAGGUGGAUGGUGCACAGCAGUUUGUUUCGGCUGCACCGGGACGGCAUGUUGUCACACAGAGUAAGAGAUGGGGAGAAUUGAAUGCAUUAACAUGGAAACCGGUUAGGCCUGCACAUCUAAUCAUUCUGAAUGAUUAUUUGCUGGUUGCUACGAGGAAGAGAAUCGAGGAUAAAAAGAGGACAAUUGCGACUGGAUGCUGGCCAUUAAGAAGUGUAACUCUAAUAGAUUCCAUCCAGCCUCCGAAAUCGCAUACUGAGAAAAGUGACAAAUUUACGCUAGCCUUCAAAACGUCAAACACCUCCUUGCUAUUUCAGACAGACAGUCAAAAUGAGUACAACAAGGUGAAAUCCUCAUUUGGUGCUGCCAAGGCCGAUUGGGCUCAGAAAAAUGAGUCAGAGGAAACAAGAAAUAGGCAAAUUAGAAAGUCGAUCAACAGGAUAUCAUCAGAUCACUUGGGACGAAAUUCUAGUGUGCUUCAUGAUCUUUCAAGCCAACUUUCACAUCAUAGAGUGAGGUCCAGAGAUCUGAAGCAGCAAUCGGAAUCGGAUUCCAUGGAUUCGAUUGACGAAAGCUUGACAAACAUAGAAGUAUUUUUGGGUCAUCACAAAUUUGAGGAGUGCACAGGUUUUGUUAAUAGGUUGAAGGACCAACUAGAGUCGUUGAAGAAAUCUACGAAGGCCACAGGAAUGGAUAAGGAUGGACAUCUGAAAAUUCUUAUUAAGUUGAAGGAGUUGAAGCUGGAUGAUUUGAUUGAUCAGUUGGUGGGAUGGUUAUCCUGGAAAGUAAGCAAUCCAGUCGCAUCCAAUCAAGUAAUUUCCGACACGAUCAAUCUUUUCCGUAUUCUUGGACUAAAAGACAAAGGUAGAAAUGUGCUAUUAGAUGCGAAGACAAAGCAGUUGGAUGAACGUGUUAGAGAGGUCAAAUUUGAAGGGGAUCUCAAGAAUUUCCUAAUGCAGGUGUCCAUAAUUUAUUUCAACUUCAUCCAGCAAGUUUAUGUGCUUUACGAAAAGUGUUUUACCGAGAUCAGAGACAAAUCGUUUGUAAUUGAUUGGACAAAUGACCGUAUAGCAUCAUAUAACAAGGUUGUUCAGAGACAGUUGAUCGACUACAAGAAAGAUUCCAAAAUUUACAAGGAUUGCGUUCUUAUGACCAAGUCACGAGCCCAGCCAUUGAGAAGUUUAGGAUUGAAUGUGGACUACUUGUUUGAUUUUUAA